UUGAAGCGUUUAUUUUAGUUUGAUUGUAGAAUGUGGGAAAUUAGUAAAGUGAUUUUUUUUAAGGUGUAGACUCAAAGUACAUACGCACGUACAGGAGGAAGAUCAGCUGUGCUUACACUGUCAGCUGACAGGACAGGUCACACCUUUGUGACCUCUUAUAGGUCACCUCAGUUGCCUCUUGGUGUCACCUGUGACCUCACACCGCCUCCACACUGGUCAGUGUGAGUGCCUCUUUGACCUGUGUUAUCCUCCAUUGGGGUUGAUUGACGCUGGCAGGAGGGAGGUUCUUUACAGUGUGAAGACAGACACCAGAGCAACAAGAGAAAUGGAGCAGCUUAGCAUAGCAUGCAUAUCCUGGAAUGUGGAGACUACUUGGCCUGAAGAGGAUCUACACGCUUUAAUGGGAGUUCGUAAAGAUCCUGUUAUUAAGCGAGGCUUGGAUGGUUACCUCCCAGACCUAUACAUUAUAGGCCUUCAGGAAGUUAAGUCACAACCUCAGAAUGUUGUGAUGGACACCUUGUUUGAAGAGCCUUGGACUAAUGCACUGAGGGAAGUAAUUGGCCCACAUGAUUACGUGAGAGUCACUGGUGAGCGUCUUCAAGGAAUAGUCACAAGUGUAUUUGUCAAGCGUCGUCACCUCCACCACAUUCGAGACAUUCAUACUUCCGUCGUUCGAACUGGCUUUGGAGGGUUUUGGGGUAACAAAGGAGCAACCAGCAUCAGAUUCUCACUCUACGGAUGCUCAAUGUGCAUUGUUAACUGCCACCUGGCUGCCCAUGACACUGGCUAUAAGGAACGUGUGGAAAAUUUUAAUGCCAUCAUAGAUUCCACCCGAUUCCCUAUCCCAGAGACUAGUAACAUUCUCUAUCAUGAUUAUGUCUUCUGGUUAGGAGACAUGAACUUCCGGUAUGAAGCCAACAUGACAUCAGAGAUCAUAGCCAAGCAUAUUGGAGAAGCUAACUGGACAGCCUUAGAAGAUGCAGAUGAACUACGAAAAGCACAGAAGAGCGGGGAUGCAUUUUCUAUGUUGAAGGAAGGACCUCUGAACUUUCCCCCAACUUACAAAUAUCUUGAAGGGACUAAUACGUAUGAUUUUUCACGAAGACCUGCGUGGACAGAUCGUAUUUUGUAUCAGGUCCAUGUAGAUGCCUAUGAGAAUGUCAAGCUGGGAGUUGAGCAACUUCUGUAUAGCCCAAUUGAAGUGUAUACCCAAUCUGAUCACAAGCCGGUCACAACAACAUAUAAAGUAAAGGUAUUUGCUAACCAUGACGACCGUUGUGUGAGGUUCCAGCCCAUGGGAACCUGGGUUGUGGGUGAGGGUGGCCCAGUGAAGAUUUCUCUCGACUCUGAUGUUGUCACCUCACCGUGGGAUUAUAUUGCACUAUAUAAGGUGGACUUUACAUCAAUGCAUCAGUACAUCACUUAUACGUAUAUACCUCAACCCAACCUUGGGAACACCUCUCAGAGAACCUUUCAGCUUUUGUUCAAUGAUGAGCUACUUCAGCAUCCAGGUAUGUAUCGUCUUGUUUAUUACUCUGGAAAGUACUCCUGUUACCUGGGUAUGAGUGAUCCUUUCCCAGUCCUUUCCUCCCAGUCCUAGUGACUUUGUGCACAUUGUUUUUUGUUCUUUUUAAUUGUGACUGAAAGCCAUGAUACUGUGUGUUUUUUGUUCUUUUUAACUGUGGCUGAAAGCCAUGAUCCUGUGUAGGUUUCCACUAAUUUUUAGCCUUGUUUGUGAUAGCUCUCUGAGAAGGAAAAUCUUAAGAAAUUUAGGUUUUACUCCUGUGUAUUUGUUGACAGUGCUAAUUUGUACUUAAGUAUUGUUUAUUAUUGGUAGCCCACUGUAAUCCUAUUUUUAUGUGUGGGCCAUUGGUAGAGCACAUCUUACAGACUAAGUAAGAUUCAGUCUGUCACAAUAAGAUUGUCUCUUGCCCACCAGGCUCACAAACACUAUUUAUUAUAGAUGAUUAAGACAAAAACAGUAAUUGGAAAUUUUAUUCAGACACUGUUUUACCUGUGCAACAGGCUUUUUCAAAUCUUUGUCAACAAAAACUUUGUUGGUUUUCCCAUACCUUUUACUAUUACAGCUGUACUUCCCAAUAUCAAAUUAAUCCCUAUUAUGAAUAUGUAAGUAGAUAUUAUUAUUUAAAUACUAUGUUAUUUUGUUUUUAUUAAAUUAAUGCUAAGAAGUAUUAGCAUGAAUUUAUCAUAAUUUGGAUUACUAUAUCUAAUUCAUGCAUUACUGGUAUAUAAAUUACUUAAAGUUCAACUAGUGGUAUGCAUGUGGAGCUACCAUCUUGGAUAGAUAAGUUUCUCUUAUUUAUUUAUAAUACAUGUACUGUACUUUAUAUACAGUAUUUUAGUUUUCUUAUCUUGUUACUUUUCUUAUUCCCACAUUAACAAAAGGUGCACUCAAGACAGGGUGUACAAUACCACACAUUCUGAAAUGUCUGAUUUUUGUUAAAUUUCUUAGUGCUGAGAUGUCAGAACUUGACUAAAACAUUCUGCAUUUUGGCUAAGUUAUAUUCCAGGAAGUAUUGCAGUUAUUCUUUUUUUAAACAAAUAAUUUAAAAUAAUAAAUUUUUUGUUUCAAGAAAUAAAGUAGUCUGUACACAAAAGUAGAAAAACAAGAUUAAAUCCAGAGAUAAUAGUAUGACGGAUUAAAAUGCUAUAAUCUGUUGUGAUGUUUAGACGAGUUACAGCAUGAUAUAUAAAGGGUCGUCUGCAUUGUGCAUACAGUAUUGUUAAUGCACAGGUAAAUCUCUUUUAGAUGAAAAAUAAAACCCUGAGUUGAAGGUACAUUUCAGCUUCAGUCAGAGAGCACUCUUAAUUUAAACAGUGGGUAUCUGAUUGAGGCUGAGAUAUACAAAUUCUUUCUUCUCAAUGUUUUAUCUGUUCAUGUGGGAUUUACCUGUUCAUUGGCCAGUGUUCAACACUUGGAUUAUUGCUAGUGCAUUAAACACCAAGCCUAAAGAGAGGUAGGGUCUACGACUGUAAUGCUUCCAUGUGUGACUGGGGCCAACUGGUUUAAUAUGUCAUAUAAGUUUUUUUUAUACAUUGAAGAUGAAUACUAACACUAAAAAAUAUAAAUUAAACUGGAAAGUUUUAAGUCUUAGAUGCAGUAGUUUAUAUGAACUGAAUAAAAUAUGGUAAUGUCAGUGCCAAGCAAGUCUUGUAUAUAUUACCGUAAUAAUGAUGGUAAUUUGUAUGUAAGCUUUAAAUGAUUAUGUUAAGAGACUUGCAUUAAUAAAUAUAAGAAGUCUGAUACAGUACUUAAAAAAGUGAAAGAGGCUAUUGUUAGCUUUAUUCUACAACACUGUACUGCACAAAAUAAAAAGAAUAAGAAAUAAAAAGUAUGUCCUGUAUGCCUAUUGACUUUCAAAUUAAACUUUCUUGUUGUACUGCUAUUCUUUAUAGUAUGAGAGUUAUUGUAUACAUUGUUUCCCAUAGAAUGUUUGAAUAUUCUAUCCUCACUCUUUUAAGGUAAAGAAUUAUAAUGUUCAUAAAAAAUUUUCCUGUUUUAUUGUAUCUUUGUUGGGAGGAUUAUGGACACUGAGGAAAAACUUUGAAGGUCACACAAGUAACUUUAAUGUUUGAUGUUUAUUAAUCUAAUGGAAAUAAUAGUGGUAGUAGUUGGAAUAUCAAGUUUCUUGGAAAUACAUGUACUGUAUAUUAGAAUUUAUUUUGAUCAUGUUAUGUUUAUUAUAUAUUUCAUUUGUGGGCUUUGGUUUCAGUCACAAAAUAAACAAAAAUAUAUUAUUCUUGAGGUCAUUGUUGAUAUUUUAAUAGUACUGUAGAUCAGUAACAUUGGGGAGUGUAUAUCACCUGUUUUAUUACAAACUUAACUUCAUUUUGCUGAGAGGCAUUCAUUACAAAAUGUGCUGAUGGUUAAACAUCUGAUAUAUUACCCUAUUUAUUAAAGAGCACAUCAGCUCUAUUUUUUGGCCUCACCUUUGCCCUAACAUGCUUUCACUUUCUGCUAUCCUUUCUGAGAGACCCAUCUUCAAAGUUUAAUCUUUGUCAACCUUUCUGCAAAAUGUCUUCAAAGUCUACACAUGGCAUCCUUUCCUCAGUGUUAAGUGUGUGUACCUAUGAUUGAUUUUGAGAGGUUUUGUCCCCCCUGCAGCAUUGCCUGAGGCCAGUCACUUAUUAUUCACCUUGUCAACUAGGCUGUUGUAUUAGCAAGCAGUCAGCAGACCCACAUAGCAAUCACAGCCUGAUUGAUUCAGCACGGGAUUCAGUAACGGGAAACUUUCCAGCUUCUUAAAAACCUCUCAUCUUCAUUCCAGCAGUAUUUCUGAUAUCUGCUGGAGGUAUGUUGGAGUCUCAGGUCAUGAAUAUUCUGUUAUUCUUUCCCUAAAUCACUUCAUAAAUGUAUAAACAGUUUUUAAUUGAAAUAGUUUACAUCACAAAUUGUGACUUCUACAUUUUCCCAUUGUGAUCUCCCCCUCUUGUUUUUUUUUUUUUUGCCCUUUAAUGUUUGCACCUCAUUGCCUUGGUGUUGAAUGACCCUUUUAGAUAUUGCACUUUCUGAGAAUAAUAGUUUAGUUCUCUCAAGGAAAAAAUAUUCAAAAUGCAUGUCUUUUUAUGCCAGAGGUAAAGAGGUCAAAGAUGUUAGUUAAUUUGUGAGUGAUAUAUCUUUGUGCAGUAUGAUCAUGCACAAUUUUUUUAUUAUUAUUGUACUUUUAAUGUAAUGGAUUAUCAGUUAGGUACAGUCUGAUUUAAAAUUAAGAUGUAGCAAUUUUGUCCAGUACUAGUAAGAAAAAGUCAAGUUAAACAUUUUAUGUAAUGUACUUAACAUACAGGAUAAAAUUUACCAUCUGUACUACCAAAACACUAGAAAAAAUUCUCAGCAUUUUAGUACUAAUGGGAUAUAUAUUUGCUUAAAAAUUCAUAAUCACUGCAUUACCAUAUUAGCCUCUAGACUUCUUAUAUGCAUACCCUGAAUGCAUUUCUUUGUUAAUCUGGUACUACCACAUCAUUGGGAAGGGGUUGUAUUGUCUUAUUUUAGAAAGAUUUCUCGCAUUUUAUCAUUGUUGUUGAGGGACCAAAGGAAACUUUCAUUUCAUUCCUCAGUAACAACAUUGAUGCAGAUUGGAUCCCUUUGAUUCACCAUUGUAGCUACACUUAAGUGCUGUGUAAAUAUCAAACUGUAUUUUUUUAAUGUAAGCCUUCACAAAUUUAAGCAAAUAAUUGUUAUAUUCAUGGGUGUGAGUUGGAUAGCCAAGAAUGAGCUCGGUUAUGAAAGUGGCGCAUUUCUAUACUGUAAUACGUAUACAGUAGAUCUCCUGAGCAGAGGCUCACACUGUCAUUCCUACCAUGUUACUUGAGUGUUAAUUAUAAAAACAGUAGUUAUUGCAGUAUACUUGUCAUGUAACAGAAAGUAGAGAGCAUUUAGAUAGGCUCUUGAAGUGUGUGAUUUUCUUAUAUCACACAGUUCAUCUCUCUGUCCAUGGACAAUUGGCAUACAAAAUUAGCUGACCAUAGUAUCUUCAAGUUUUAGAAGAAUUUUUUUUUAUUAACUAUUUGUAGAAUAGUACUGAUUUGCAGUAAUGCUUAUUUAAAUAUAAUUUUCCUAUAGUAUAGUAGGAAUUAUUACCACAGUAUAUUAUAUAUACAUUUGAAUUGUUAAAUAUCCAGUAUAUCCAGUAUAUUAAAAAUUAUUGAUAUUAAGAACAUUUAGUAGAUAAAAGGUAAUGAAAGGUGUACUGUAUAGAUAAUUGCACUUGUUUAGACUUGUUAGAAGUGUUGUGUGUUAGAUCAAGUACUCAAAAGUAGUGCCUAUAUUGAUCUUAGGUAUGUAUCAAGAUGUAUCAGGUCAGCUAUGCAUAUUAUUAUGUAUCACUUGGACACAUGUAUAAUGAAAGUGCAUUUUUUAUUUAUGUAAGAAUAGGUCAUUGUAUAGUAAAGGUAUCCACUCAGUAGUGCAGGGCUAGAAAUAAUUAUGAGCAGACUAAGAACACAUGGGAUGUUGCAGAUAGUAAGGGUGAAGUGAACUUCUUACUGUGGUAGAAAAUAUGGCUUAAAACAAUAUUUAUCAUUUAUAUAUACUAUAAAUGAAAAAAUAAAAGAAUUAAGAAAAUGUAAAAUAUUUUUUUUAAUAUUUUUACUUAGUGUGUUUUGAAGCAUUGUUUAACCCUUAAACUGUCCGAACGUAGAUCUACGUCCAUGUGUGUGUGGGGGGGGGGGUUCUUCAAACGUAGAUCUACGUUUUAUUUACACUCUUUCAAAAGGGGAAAAUCAAGGUCGGAGUGCUACGCAUGUGAACGUAGAUCUACGUUUGGACAGUUUAAGGUCAAAGUUCAUAUGUUAUUUACCCAUACUCAUUACAACUUCACUAGCAUAAUUUUUUAUGAUUAUACUCUAUAUUUCAAAAUACAGUAUUUAUGUAGAUGGAUAGGUGAACAUAUUCCAGUGUGAUCUCAUACUUUUGUAUUCCUUCCAGUGUAUACUUGGCAUGUUGAUUUAUCUGGAAUAAGAAACUUGAGUGUACUCUUAAUAUGUAAAUAGUGUUUAGGGAAUGAGAUUUGCUUGACGAUCAGCAGAUAGUGGGUGUGACUGACUGUACCUCACCAAAUAUUUACCUAAUUCCAGAUGUCAGUUUGAUGUAUUAUAUAGCAUUAAUAAUAAUAGCCAGGUCACUGAAAUGCUCGUUUCAUGUUAAGGCUGUGUCUUGUGCAACAAAAAUAUAAGAGCCUUAUCCCAUGCCUCUUGGGUAAUGUGUAUAUUAAAAAAGUGAAAGGUAA